AGUACAUACAGUGGAGUCGUCUUCGGUUAAACGCGUAUUUGAGUUCAAUAAGCAUUCAGAGAAAUCAUGGUGCUGACGCUGUAUAAACUGGAUGCAAGUCCACCAGUCCGAUCUGUGUUAAUGGUUAUUCACGCAGCAAAGAUUCCGGAUGUAAAAUAUGUGGAUGUUAAUUUGUUUACAGGUGACCAUCUUAAAGAAGAAUAUCUGAAAUUAAAUCCACAACAUACUAUACCGAUGUUGACAGAUGACGAUUUUGCCAUAUGGGACAGUCACGCUAUAGCUGCUUAUUUACUGACUAAGUACAGUAAUGACAAAUCUUUAUACCCCACGGAUGCUAAGAAGAGGGCAGUCAUAGAUCAAAGACUGCACUUCGACAGUGGCAUAUUGUUCCCUAGCGGUCGUGGAGCAUUGGAACCGGUUCUCUUUAAGGGUGAAAAGGCUUUCAGACCGGAGGCUUUAGAAAAAAUUAAAUCAGCAUACGAAUUUUCUGAGAAAUUUCUUACAAAUACAUGGAUGGCUGGAAAUGACUUAACAUUAGCUGAUAUAUGUUGCGUUUCUUCAAUUAGUACUCUGAAUGAGAUACUUCCAAUCGACGCUAAAUUAUACCCUCAGCUCACAGCAUGGUUUGAGCGUUGCAAAGAGCAAGAAUUUUAUAAAAAGGGAAAUGAGCCAGGAAUAGAACAAAUACGUGGCGUAUUGAAGAGUAAACUUGGAUAAAAACAUUAAUCUCUAUUUAAAGAAACACAGAUGGGUAGCGGUGCGGGUCGAACCUUGUGAGCACAAAAAGACAAAAAAAUAUUUAGUAUAAGCGAAUAACACGUGUUUAUCCACGGAAAAACGACGGCUUCUGCGCAUGUCAAAAAUGUACUCACGUCUUGUGCCGCUAUUUAUAUACCUGAUCUUAUUUGUCAAUAAACACCAUUU